UUUCUAUAGAACUUUGCGCGACUUAGAUGCGUCGGUGCUUUUGGAUUUCGUUGAUCUAAAAAUGGUGGCAUUGAGUAAAUUUUUUUAUGAAAAUGUUCGAAACCAAUCCUGUCAAAGCCUUAAGCUGCACGAUGGCAAUUGUUUAUUGUAUUUGUUAAAGGAGACUCCUUACUUUGCCUUGGCAAAUUUCAAAUAUUUUCUACCCAUAUGUGUUAUAUCAAUCUUGAUGAAAUUGCGCAAUAUGAAUAAACAAAAACUUCGCCAUAGUUUGCAAUACUAUGCGGAAUGUUCCUUGGUAUGCACAGCUGUAAGUUGCACCAUACAAUUUUUGAUGUGCAAUCUAAGGAACGUUAUGGGCCAUUUCCAUUUGUACACAUUCAUAUUUUUACCAUCUGUUAUCGGUGCUUGCAUGAUGAAUUUGGCCUCAGCUAGAUUACGUCAACUUUUAACAACAACCUUAGUUCAAUGUAACAUACAGAGCUUUCUCCUAAGGCGACGAAAUCCCAUAAUUCGCCUUAUAGCCGAUUCCAAACACUUACAAACUUUUUCAUUCAUGUUAUGCAGUGCGGUUAUAUUGCAAGGAAAGCUUCUACACAAUACAGAAGGGUUUUGGCUGCUGGAGCCAAAUUUGGAAGCAAGUAAAACAAAGGAUGCAAAUUAUACCUCCAACAAAUGUCAGCUGCAUUCAGAAACGAGUUGCACAAGAUAUAUCUACGAAGGUAUGCAGAAAUAUUUUCUUGUGGGUCUUGCCUUAGAUGUGGCGAAGUCGUUGACGGGCAAAACGGAAAAUAUUGUUAAAAAUCAGUCUGGAAUAUGGGGGAGAAUAAAAAAUAUACGAAUUGGAUCUAUGGCUCUGCUGACGGCCUAUGUAGGCAUAUAUAGGUUCCUCAAUUGUUUUUUAAGGCGCAAAUUUCCUCAAAACCAAAAUCACAAUCACAUAGCAUCAGCCUUUAUUGCGGGUCUCUGUUAUAGAAUUUCGCCUCAGACUAAUUUAUUCUGUUAUGCCUUAGUCCAGGCCGUUCGGACUUUAUGGAGUUGUCUCAAAAUAGAACAUAGCAACAGCAAAAAUCAAAUUAUGCGUUUUUUGCUCGGCGUGCCUUUUGAAAAAAUCCUAUUUCCCUUGACAUUGGGUCAUAGCUGUCAUUUAAUAUGUUUGAAACCAGAAUAUUGCUGUCCUUUGACUGCUUCGGUCACAAAUAAUGUUACAAACUAUAAGGCCAACCAUGUUCAAAAUAUUAUUGCCAAAUUAAAGCAAAAUGUGAUGCAAGUUGAGUGAAGGAAAAGAGAAAACCCGUGCAAAAGUCUUUCAACCAAACCUUAUGUUAAUUAUAUACAAUAAUGUAACACACAUGUUUCUAUUAAAGAAAAUCUUGUUAAAAAUUUCCUUAGGGGGUCACAUUCAUCUCGGCUGGGCCGAAAAUCACACCAAA